CUAAAACAAUAUAAUACCAGUAUAGUAAGUUUCAUGAAAUAAUAGAAAACUACAGUUUGACAGAGGGGUUUUCAGCAUACAUGAUUUUUUCCAUCUAGCAGUCAGUUUGUUAGCAUGAGAAUCCUGUUGAGCAUGGGUAUUCCUCAAAUUUUCUCUCCCUUCACAUUUUGUUUGUUGCCUCGUUGGUUUAUUGUCUUACAGGUGAGCCUGGAAAAAACCAGGAUUUUUGAGUGAGAGUGCUGUUGAAACUGGUCUCAUCACAAUGUCAGUGCCACCCCUUCUUUUUGUUGCACAUGUGCAAGAAGUUGGCACAUUCAUGCAUGGGAAACACUAUAUUACUCCUGUGGAAAAAUGUCCUCCAUUCAGAUGUUCUUACCAAUAUUUGGAUGUUAAGAUCUGCAAAUUGGUUUUUAAAAAUCCUGUUAUCAGGCAAACAGGGAGUCAUUUGGUCCCACUCCCCCUACUAGCUAGUUGGUUUUAAACUGUUUUCAAAUGUCUUGCAGGUUGAGAACCAUGAUGUAGACCAAGCAGACCAUUCUGGUACAGUCUUCAUAAGAAUUGAAAGAGAUGAUAAAUAUCCACAAACCAGUGGUGCGAUCCAAAAAUUUUAAUAACAGGUUCCGAUGGUGGUGGGAUUCAAACAGUGGCGUCGCUGCACACACACACCUCCAGUCCCCAUUGGGCAGGGAAGUUGCUUUAGUAACCCCUUCUCGGCACUCAGAAAAAAUUAGUAACCACUUCUAGAGAAGUGGUGAGAACUGGUUGGAUCCCACCUCUGCCCCAAACCCCAUAAAAAUGAAUUUCCCAUGAAAAUAUAGAAAAGGAAGAAGGCACUGGAUAUCAAAGAACAGGAAUACAGUAUAUUGUUUUCAGAGAUUUUUUUAAAAAAAACUUAAAAAUCAGACAUGUCUAUACAAGGAAAAGGUUCCCUCUUUCUGUGGGGUGUAAAGGAAGGGGUCAGCGCAUCUCAGCAGAACAAAGCACGAAAAGGGAAUGCAGAGUGGCCGGAAUAAGCAAUAAGUGCUCUUACGCUUUGUGAAAGUGAAAGGAAACAAACGGGCCCAGCACCGAAGUGGAGGAGCAGAGGGAAAAAAUGAACCAGUUGCUCCAAGUACACAGGAGGAUCACUUCUGUGUCUUAUAACAUUACAGAAAGAUAUUCAAGGGUCAGAUGAUUGUUUGGUGAAGAUCUGGUCGACUCACAAUGGCCGGUUGCUUGCUACACUUAGAGGACAUUCAGCAGAAAUUUCUGAUAUGGCUGUGAAUUAUGAAAACACAAUGAUUGCUGCUGGCAGCUGUGAUAAGAUUAUCAGAGUUUGGUGCCUCAGAACAUGUGCUCCAGUUGCUGUUCUACAAGGACACACAGGAUCCAUUACAUCUUUACAAUUUAGCCCACUGGUGAAAAACUCCAUGCGAUACAUGGCCUCCACAGGUGCAGAUGGAACAGUUUGCUUCUGGCAAUGGGAUCCCAGUUCUAUGAAAUUCAAUAACCGGCCACUGAAAUUUACAGAAAAGUCUAGACCUGGCGUUCAGAUGCUUUGUUCUUCAUUUAGUGUUGGUGGGAUGUUUUUAGCUACUGGCAGUACCGAUCAGGUUAUCAGAAUGUAUUACUUUGGUUCUGAAAUUCCUGAAAAAAUUGCAGAGCUGGAAAGCCAUGUGGACAAAGUUGACAGCAUUCAGUUUUCUAAUACUAAUAAUAGGUUCAUAAGUGGCAGUAGAGAUGGUACAGCCAGAAUCUGGCAAUUCCAGCAAGCUGAGUGGAAGAGCAUUUUGUUGGACAUGUCUGACAAAUUACCUGGUGAUUUAUGUUCAGAAGAAGAUAAAUUUAUGAAGCCGAAGGUGACCAUGAUAGCUUGGAGUCAAAAUGACAAGUUGGUGGUUACCGCUGUGAACAAUCAUCUGCUCAAAGUGUGGAAUUCUUACACUGGACAGCUGCUUCAUGAUCUUACAGGUCAUACGGAUGAAGUAUUUGUUUUGGAACCCCACCCAUUUGAUUCUAAGAUCAUUCUUUCUGCAGGCCAUGAUGGCAAUAUUUUUAUUUGGGACAUAACAAAAGGCAUCCAAAUGAAACAUUAUUUUAAUAUGAUUGAAGGACAAGGACAUGGUGCCGUAUUUGACUGCAAGUUUUCUUCAGAUGGGCAUCACUUUGCCUGUACGGAUUCUCAUGGACACCUCUUGAUAUUUGGCUUUGGUUGCAGCAAAUCUUAUGAAAAGAUUCCCGAUCAGAUGUUCUUCCACACUGAUUACCGACCACUGAUUCGAGAUUCUAACAAUUAUGUCCUAGAUGAGCAGACUCAGCAGGCUCCUCAUCUCAUGCCCCCACCAUUCUUGGUUGAUGUGGAUGGAAACCCUCAUCCAACAAAGUACCAGCGAUUGGUACCAGGACGAGAGAAUUGUGCAGAUGAGCAUCUGGUUCCUCAGCUGGGUUAUGUAGCAACAAGUGAUGGAGAGGUUGUGGAGCAAGUAAUAGGUCAACAAACUGCUGAUCAGGAUGAGCAAGGUCUAGAACGCAGCAUACUUGAUGGCAUGAUCAGACAGUUGCAACAGCAACAAGACCAAAGAAAUGGCAUAGAUCAAGACAUCCUUCCUCUUGGGCCACAGAAUGGAGAAGAAACUCCGAGAAGAGUCUAUCGGAUGCUUAGCUCGGAUAUCCAGUCUCCACCUAAUAUUGGCUUGCGGCGCAGUGGUCAAGUUGAAGGUGUGCGCCAGAUGCAUCAGAAUGCUCCGAGGAGUCAGAUUGCCACAGAGAGAGAUCUGCAGGCGUGGAGACGGCGAGUAGUUGUUCCAGAAGUAACAUCAAGCAUAUUCAGAAAUCAAGAAGAAUAUAGAAUUGCAAAAGGUGAAGAAGAGAAGUGGCUGUAUACAGCAGAACAGAAAAAGAAGUUACUUCUGUCUUCAGAAAAGAGUGACUCUGAAGAUUCACUGAUACAGUCCAAGAGGAGACUUUAUAGACGUAAAUAUGCAGCAUAUCAAUCACGGAAUAAUAUUGAGCAGUCUGAUUCUUCGAGUGAAGAAGUCCAUGACUGUUCUGGAUUUAUGGAACAGAAAGCAGAAGAAAGUGAAGACUUGUCUUUUCCUGAAGAAGAAUGGGAGAGUGAAAAGAAAACCAAUAGUAAUCGUUCCAGUAGUGACUCCUCAAGCAGGUAUUCUGACUGGAUAGCAGAUGCAGGGAUUAAUCUACAACCUCCUGUACGAACUUCUCGCCGCAAAGCUGUUAAAUACUGUAGUACUUCUGAAGAUGAAGUAUCAUUGGAACUAUUAUCUCCAUCAAGAAAGAGGAAAAAAAGACGGAAAAAAUACAAACCAAAAAAACAUGAGGAGGAAGCACAAGAAAAUGCUCCAAGCCAAUCAGUCAGCCUACAACCAUCCUAUGAUUUUCACCCUCCUGAUUGGAUUACAGACACAAGACUCCGAAGAUCUCCCUUUGUCCCUCAAAUGGGUGAUGAGGUAAUAUAUUUUCGACAAGGCCAUGAAGCUUAUAUCGAAGCAGUAAGAAAAAACAAUAUCUAUGAGUUGAAUCCUCACAAGGAGCCAUGGCGAAAAAUGGUUCUUAGGGAACAAGAAUUGGUAAAAAUUGUUGGGAUACAUUAUGAAGUUGGUCCUCCUACGCUCUGUUGUCUCAAGCUUACUCUUAUGGAUCAUGUUAGCGGACAGCUUCUGGACAAAUCCUUUUCUCUCAAAUACCAUGAUAUGCCAGAUGUCAUUGACUUCCUUGUAUUACGUCAGUUCUUUGAUGAAGCACGACAGAGAAACUGGCAGCCUUAUGACCGCUUUCGUUCAAUUAUUGAUGAUGCUUGGUGGUUUGGAACUAUUUUGAGCCAAGAACCAUAUCAACUGCAAUAUCCAGACAGCCCUUUUCAGUGUUACAGUGUUAAGUGGGACAAUGGUGAAACAGAAAGACUUAGUCCAUGGGAUAUGGAACCAAUUCCUGAGAAUGUAGUUGAUCAGCCUGAAGAAUUAGGUGCUAGUGUUUCUGUGACUGCUGAAGAAAUGGCAAAACUACUGUACAAACCUCAAAAAGGAGAGUGGCAGGGAAAAUCUCAAAGUGAAGAAUGUGGACGGAUUAUUUGUGGAAUUGAUCAACUUCUGACACUAGAUAUUUCAGCAGCAUUUGCUGGUCCAGUUGAUCUGAACACAUAUCCAAAGUACAGUACAGUAAUAGCUUAUCCAACAGACCUUUGGACUAUUCGGACGAGACUAGUCAACCAAUUUUACAGGAGACUCUCUGCAUUGAUUUGGGAAGUCAGGUGUGUUGUGAGCAACGCCAGGACCUUUAAUGAGCCCAACAGUGCCAUCACUAGAUCUGCUCAGAAGAUCACAGAUCAGCUCUUAGAAUUCAUACGAAAUCCUGAUUGUACAGAUAUUUUUGAGCUGUGCAUUGCAACAAACAAAGAAGAUAGCACUGAUGCUGAUGACCUGGAUGAUGAAGAGACCUAUGUACCAAGAUCAACUUCCAGAAAAAGAUGGGCUUUGAAGAAGACCAAGGUGAAACCCAGCUACGAUGAAAAUAGUUGGAAGAAGCAAUGUAUGGAACUUGUAAAUUUAAUUUUCCAAUGUGAGGAUUCUGAGCCAUUCAGACAACCUGUUGACCUGGAUCAGUACCCUGAUUACAGAGAGAUCAUAGACACACCAAUGGAUUUGGGAACUGUGAAAGAGACAUUAGAAGCUGGAAAUUAUGAUACGCCUAUGGAAUUGUGCAAAGAUAUCAGAUUAAUAUUUAGCAAUGCUAAAUUGUAUACCCCAAACAAAAGGUCCAAGAUAUGUAGUAUGACGUUGAGGUUAUCUGCAUUGUUUGAAGAAAAAAUAAGAAGAAUCCUCUCUGACUUUAGAACUGGCCAGAAACACAAUGAAAGAUUGCAAAGAAUUCAGAAAUAUAGUAGGAGAUGGCGAAGUAAGAGCAAACCUGCACAAUAUUCUAUCAAAACACUCAGAAAUACAAAGCAGAAGCAAAAUAAAUCUCAUUCAAGAAGUCCGUCAGAGGCAGAAGACUCUUCCAAUCAAUAUACAUCAGGCAGAGCGUUCUAUGUUACAAGCCAUAAAAUGAAUUGUAGCUGCUCAAACCGUAGCAUUUCUGGUGUGUCUUUUGAUUGUACCUCUGCAUUGUCCUUUGGGAAAAAUGGACGAACAAGGAGUGCCGUCAAAGCUCACAAUUCCACAUUAUCAGAAAGUGAAUUAGAACAUUCAAUAGCUACUUCAUCUUCAAGUAGUUCAGAGGAAAGCAAAGAAAGUUCUGCAGAGCUCUCCUCUCCUAUGUUACAUAAUGGAAUAUCUGGGAAAAAGAACAGUAACUUCAGAGUGACUAGAAAUAGAGUAUAUCGGCAGAAACAAAUGGAUUCUCAGGAGGCUGGAAAUCUACAAAGAACUAGUAGGAGAAGAUUAUAUGAAAAAGACAUUGAAUGUUCAACAAAACCUUGUGAUUCCGUGAGCAACAGACAUCGAAGGCACAGAAAAGUUCCACGCAAGAGUGCUACUGUGGCAGCUAAUAAACUAAGACUGAUGAGCGAUGUAGAAGAGGAGCACUCUAGCUCAGAAAGCACCAUUGGGAGCAAAAACAGAAAACUGCCUCAUCGCAAUGCUUCUGCUGCUGCAAGAAAAGUGUUGCUAAAUGUGUCUUACAGUUCUGUCCAAAGCGAAAGUGAUAAGGAAGUGAAAGAACAGUAUAGCCGAAGGAAAACUUUUGAAGAUGUUUCUGCUAGUGGUACAGUUAAAAAAAGGCAUAUUAGUGAAUCUGAAAGUGAAAGUUCAGAUUCUGAAAGCAGCAUGCACAAAAAAUUAAAGCACUCUCAUGACAAUGGCCAUAAGCAGCCACAUAAAGCUGCCUCCUGUUCACCUCCCAAAAUAAAGCCUACUGUAGAAUUUUCUGAAGAUGACUCUAAAAAUCAUUCUUCAGACAACGGGAGCAUUCAACGAGAUUUUGAUCAUUCCGCACGUAAAAGUCCAUCCAGGAGCAACUCUGACACAGAUUCUGGAUCAGACAAAUGUAACUUACCAAAACAGACUCUUAAAAAGGCAACAACUCGCUACAGGAAAGCAAAAGUUUUAAGUGACUCAGAGGAAAUAGAGGCAGAGUCUGUGGCAGAGGAUGAGAAAAUUACUCUUUUAGAGGACAGAGGAGCUGGAACUUUAAGACAAUUAGACCUUGGUGCCAAGUGCUCAUCUAAUCAGGAAUCCAAAACAGAGUCUGAUAGCAGUAACUACAGCAAUGCAUCAAAAAGAUGGAAAAGGAAAGGUGUCAGGAAAGAAUGUGUCAUCCAGCGGAAUGGUCAUCACAGAAAAUCUGCCAGAAAAAGACUACAUGAAAGUGAUUCUCCGAAAGAAGAAGGAGCUAAUAAAAUACAAAAUAUAUCAGAUUUUCAAGGAAUAAGGCAAAGUCCAGUAGUACUCAGGAACAAGAGAAGCUUCGGAAUGUAUGUGGAAUCAAAUAGUGAAAUAAUGAAUAUCAAUGUUGUAAAUGGAAAAAAAAAUCCACGCCAUAGUGCUGCUGUGGCUGCUAGUAAGAUUAAGCUAAUUAGCAAUACCAGGGAAAGCAUCUCAAGUCCCGAAGUUGGAGAUGCUAAAAAGACAGCCCAAAGACUUCCAUACCGCAGUAUGUCUGCUGCAGCCAGAAAGUUGAUACUGGAUGUCCUACCUUCCCCUUCUGAAAGUGAAACAGAACUUACGGAAUGUGAGGUAAAAAAACAAUUUCAGACCAGUUCCUGCACAGUUAGAAAAUUUACUGGAGAACCAAGCAUGAAACAUUUAGACUGUAAUAAAGAGUGUAUGGUAAAUCGAAAGAGCAGACAAAGUACUAGCUCAAGACAGCAAUCUCUCAGAACUGUACGUCGUGUUUAUCCUAAACGAAAAAAGCUUGUAGAAUUUUUAGAAGGAUCAUCUAAUAGUCUUUCAUUUGAAAAUCAGAGCAACUUAAGCCAAUCAACGUCUGCAGAUAACCAUAACAUAUCAAGCAACUCGCUAGCAGAUUCUGAAUCUGAAAAAAAAUACGGUGGUAAAAAUGUCAAGAGCAUAACAGAGGCUGUAACAGAAGAGCAAAAGCAAAGAAGUUCUUUGUUAAAGAUCAGGAAGCCUGGAACUUUGAGACGCUCAAAAUCUGAACCUGAUGACUGUUCUAAUCUUCCAUCUGAUUCAGAAUCUCAAACAGAAUUUAAGGACAUUGAUAAUAGCCAGAGUAGAACAAUAAAAAAGAGGAAAAGGAGUGCCACAGCAACAGAUAGAAGUGUAAGCAAUGGCAUCUCUGAACUUUCCAGAGCAUACCAGAGAAGGAAGCGGCCAAAAGUGAAUGAAGAAAAUGAUUCUGAGGAUCUGGAUUACACAAAGUAUAAAAGGGUGAAUCGGCGUUCCAAAAUAAGAACUAGAAAUGGAGGCAGGAGAACUGUAAGAUAUGCAGACGAUGAAGAUGAUUGUGAAAUGUAACCCAACAGUGAUUCUUCAGUUAAUGACACAUGUUGGUUUUUCUCUUCCUAUAAUUCAGGGAAUAUAUAUUUAUAUUUUUCUAUGAAAAAGUUUAAAAUAUGGAGGCGCUACUUUCAUAUGGUGAUUUUGCACUUGUCUGCUUGUGUAGCUGCAUUUAGCACAUAUGCCAAAUAUGUGCCUCAUUAUAGGGGCAAAACUUAUCUUUAUUGGUAUUUUGCUAAAUAUGGUAGUAGAUUAGGAGUGUGUGGAAGAGAAUAUUAAGCAACAACUUAAAAGCUGUAUGUUUAGUAUUAUAAGUGCUGCACAGAGACACUAGCUAUGUCAUCCUGUAAUAGGGUAUUCAGGAACAGAUAAUUUGAACAGUUCUGUUUGAGACUGUAUAAAUCAGUCAGACAAGCAUCUAAUACUGUGUAUUAUAAACAAAAUAGAUACUGAUUUAAGAAUAACAGACAUAAAAGGUUCCCAUGAAAAUAAUGUGACAACCUGUUAAUGUAGCAGCAGUAAAUACACAUUUAUUAGCCAAAAGCCAUGUACGCAUACAUAAUCAUAAUCUAUCAGUAGCCCAGAAAAACAAUUGGCCUAAAAAGUUUAAAAUACAAAAUACAUAAAACACAUAAUGAAAUCUAAAUCUAAUUGCAACUUUGCUUUUAAAAUAGGUGAGUCGGUUAACUAUUACUAAUUUUAACAAUAUAUAAGUCAUUAAAAACAUUAAACCUAAAAAUUGUAGAAAUAGUUACAUUAACAUGACAUAGAAUCUGGUUUUUCAUAACAAAAUGGGUCUAUAAGAACCAAUUAUUAUUUAUUAAGAUUAAUAACAUUUGACCCUUUAAAAACAUUUAGGCCAAGAAAUUUUAAAAUUUCUGGAACCAAACAUAGAAUCCCGUUAAUGAGCGGUGCUAUCAAUUUUCAAAAUAUGCACCUUGAACUAAUUGGUAAUACAAUACUUGCCCAAUUAUAAAUAUGUGGAUAAAGGUUUUUGCUGUCAAAUAACAGUCUUUUAAUAUAUGGUUUCCACACUGUACAUUUUGGAUCAUUGAAUACAGAUGAUCACUUGAGCCUAAGAUUAUUAUUUUGGGGGGUGGUUUGUUACAGAAAAAACAAAAUUAUUACUAAAGCUUGAGCUUUGUGGGGUUGUUUUCAAAAAAGGAUUAAAAACUUAAAACUUAUCUUAUGUUAAGAGUACUAGUAUUUAAGGUGUUUUGCUAGAGCUUGAUGCCUGAUUCCUGAAGAUUUAAUUAAUUGUAACUUAGAUUUUUGAUGCACUGAAAUUUCACUGCCUCCUGACUUGUCGAUGUACAGCACCUUCAUGUUGGUGGUGUUUAGGCUGGCACUGUCGAAAACAAAUGUGAUCUAUCUUCAUUGUUGCAUAACAAGAAUGGGAAAUACAUGGUAUUGUAUAAUUGUUUAAUGGUGAAAUAUGUGCAAUUUUUUUUAGUUACAACACUCCACUCAGGUAUGCCUUCUUUGGGGGUGUAAGGCAUUUAAACUUCCUCCUCCCCUUUUGUGGGGAUUACGAAUUUAUUUUAGUGUGGCUCCAUUUGUUUUAAUUUUGUGAAAAGUAUAUUAAGCAUAACAGACAUUUUAAUUUAUCCCUGUGGGCCACCUGAGAUUACCUUCUGAGAAUUAGUACAUUACAAACAAACAACUGAAGUCCAUUAUGUUGUUGUGUCUUCUUGAGUUCUAAAACAAAAACUCCCUAAAUAAAAUAUAUCUGUUCAGAA